UUGUUUCCAAUAAUUCGAUCUAUUUCAUUAGUCUUCCGUUUACAUAAAGGGCUUUUACAGAAUUCCAACGAACCAGAAGUUCUCCUCAACUUCAAGAAGUUUACCUCAAUCGAAAACUGGCAUGACCGAGAUGCUGACGAUGUCAUACAUUGCACUGGUGGUGGUUCGUUCAAAUAUGCUGAACUGAUGCACAGCUAUUUAGGAGUACAGGUUCAACGAACAGAUGAAAUGACGUCCCUAAUCCUUGGUUGUGAUUUCCUUCUGAAAAACAAUGUGGACGAAUCAUUCACCUACCAUCAUGAAGCUGUAGGAAUAGAGAAGUAUCAGUAUAAACCGAUCACAGCUGAUUUAGUCUAUCCAUUCCUAUUAGUGAACAUUGGAACUGGAAUCUCGGUUUUGAAGGUAGAUUCGCCUACUCAAUUCCAAAGAGUUGGAGGUAGUUCGAUGGGUGGAGGCGCGUUUAUCGGUCUCGGCAACCUACUUACCCAAGCUCAAAGUUUCGAUGAGCUCUUGCUGAUGGCGGAAAAGGGCGACCAUCGAAGAUGUGAUACAUUGGUUUGCGACAUCUAUGGCGGCUCGUACGACAACCUGAAUCUUCCUGCAGAUCUGAUUGCCGGCUCAUUCGGUAAAUGUAGUCGAAUGGGUAAGCGUAACGCUCGAGGCGAUCAGGAACAAGCUUCUGAACAGGAUAUCGCAAAAUCACUGUUGCUUAUGAUUAGCAAUAAUAUCGGGCAGAUGGCAAUGUUGUAUGGUAUGCGGUUCGCUAUGAAACGAAUAUACUUUGGCGGGUUUUUCAUUCGGAAGCAUCCGAUUACUAUGCGAACGUUGUCGUAUGCUAUUAAUUAUUGGAGCAAGGGUAACAUGGAGGCUUUAUUCAUGAAACACGAGGGAUAUCUUGGAGCUGUUGGCGCGUUUCUGGACACAAAGGACUCCUAA